GCACUUGGCCCUCCCAGCUCUAAUUAAGAGGUGGCAAUAAUCCUGCAGAGCUGUGUACGUCCAUCGAAGAGGGGAGGUUGCAGAUCCCACUGGGAAGGGGGUCCUGGCUGUCGGUGUGCAGCCGGAGGAGCGCGGCAGAGCAGACCCCAGCCUGCAGCACCGACACAAAGCUGAGUGUGGCUGGCGAGCAGUAAGCAGGAUAGCAUUUCCUUGUGGCUUGACAGGAAUCCUCUCUGCUGUAAGAGGAGAAGCUGAGAAGAAAUCAGCUGAUCAUCUACAUUCAAAAAAUCACUCACCCCUGAGAUGCCAGGUGGUUCUGGGCAGCCAGGCUCACAGACGAUAAAGAAAGGGCACAGAGGAGUGGACUCCACGGGCGAGACUACCUAUAAAAAGACGACAUCAUCUGCCUUGAAAGGUGCCAUUCAGCUGGGCAUUACACACACAGUUGGAAGCUUGAGCACCAAACCCGAAAGAGAUGUUCUCAUGCAAGAUUUCUACGUAGUAGAAAGUAUUUUCUUCCCCAGUGAAGGGAGCAACCUGACCCCAGCUCAUCACUACAAUGACUUUCGGUUCAAAACCUAUGCUCCAGUGGCCUUUCGCUAUUUCCGGGAGCUCUUUGGGAUCCGACCAGAUGACUAUCUGUACUCGCUCUGCAAUGAGCCACUCAUUGAACUUUCAAACUCCGGGGCCAGCGGAUCCCUCUUCUACGUAUCCAGUGAUGAUGAGUUUAUCAUCAAAACGGUUCAGCACAAAGAGGCUGAGUUCCUGCAGAAGCUGCUGCCUGGCUACUACAUGAAUUUGAACCAGAACCCAAGGACGCUGCUGCCAAAGUUUUACGGCUUGUACUGUGUCCAGGCCGGAGGCAAGAACAUUCGCAUCGUUGUGAUGAACAAUCUGUUGCCACGCUCUGUCAAAAUGCACCUGAAAUACGACCUGAAGGGCUCCACCUACAAACGCCGAGCAUCCCAGAAGGAGCGAGAGAAGGUCUUCCCAACAUACAAGGACUUGGAUUUUAUGCAGGACAUCCCAGAUGGCCUCUUCUUAGACUCUGACAUGUAUAAUGCCCUGUGCAAAACGUUACAAAGAGACUGUUUGGUCCUGCAGAGCUUUAAGAUCAUGGAUUACAGUUUGCUUGUUGCGAUCCAUAACAUCGAUCUGGCACAGAGAGAGCACGCGAUGGCAGAUGGGACGUCCCAGGCGGACACGCGGCGACCCGCUGCCCAGAAGGCUCUCUACUCGACAGCCAUGGAAUCCAUCCAGGGAGAGGCCCGGCGAGGUGGCACCAUAGAAACAGAUGACCAGAUGGGGGGCAUUCCAGCCCGCAAUGCGAAGGGGGAGAGGCUGCUGCUGUACAUCGGCAUCAUCGACGUGUUGCAGUCCUACAGGUUUGUCAAGAAGCUGGAGCACUCUUGGAAGGCCCUUGUACACGAUGGGGACACCGUAUCUGUGCACAGACCCAGCUUCUACGCCGAAAGGUUCCAACGGUUCAUGUGCAACACAGCGUUCAAGAAAAUACCGUUAAAGCCAUCCCCUUCGAAGAAGAGCCGGUCUGGCACAACAGUCCCUCGGCGGAGCUGUCAGGGAGGAGUGCCUUCCCAGUCGCACAUGUCGUGCGAGACAAAAGCACAAGUAACGACAGAGGUGGAUGUAGAGCAAGGUUCCCACCUUGGUCGCCCAGAUCUGCUGCCCAGGACCCUGCCGGUAGAUGAAGCUAACAGCGAUUCCAUCGCAACAACCCUCUCCACUUCCUCCUUGGGCAGCGGCGGCCUCAACUCGCCCGCAAAUAGGUCAGUGGGCGUACAAGUGCAUAAAGCUGACAGCUCAGCAAAGGAUUUGACUAGAACAGCUCCCGGCAUCUUCCUGUCUAGCGGCUCCCCAGGGCCUUCCAUACCUGAGCGCUCCGCAGAGCUGAGAGAGCAGCUCGAAGACCUGCAAGAGACGGAGAUAAGCUUUUGAAGCAACACCAAAACUGCCGCGAAGGAAGCAGAUUGUUCUGUGCUCUGCGUGGUCUGUGGAGUCUGACAAACGUUCAGCCCCUGUUGCUGAUUUCUUCUUUUUCUUUUUUUUUUUUUUUUUUGUUUUGUUAAAGUAACCUUAUCUGGACAGAAACCUAAAAGCUGGAAGGCUGGGCUACACUUAGUGGGAUACUAUUAACAAAGGCCGAGCCAGCACAGCUGAGCCUCGGACACCUGGAAGUCUCCUUACAGCAGAGCCCACCACCGUGUCCCUGCCGGCCUCCUCCCUUCAGAGCCUGGCAGCAGCAAAGCCGGCGGUCGGGAGGAGGAGGAGGAGGAGGAACAACUGCUCCGUGUGGGCUGGAGCCCUCUGGAAAAGGGAUCUGACUUUCAGGGAGUGAGCUGCUUACGGUGCCGACACCACAGACCUUGCGAGAAUGGGCGACUCUUCGGAGUUACUGGGGGGGAAACGGGCGUUAGAGCCUCGUUGGGGCAGUUUGCGACAGAGCAAUGUGGGUUUAUUUUGUAUUUUUAACAAGUUUUUAAUUUAAAUGUUUCUCUGGAUUCAGUCAUAUCACUUAUUUUUAGUCCUGCAAUGUAGUAAUUUUUUUUUUUAAUAAAUAGGUUUUUUUUUUCAGUGUUUCACCAGAAAGUACCCCAUGUGAGAGAGGCAGAAAGGGGGAGCAGGAGCUGCACUGACUGUGGACGAGCUCCUCUCCCCCACCAGCUGCUCCGGGCUGCCGCAGCCGCCUCCCUUUCCAACCUGGCAUCGCCCCGAGACAGCGAGGAGCAGAGCUGGGAGCUGCGCUGUGUUGCUCAGAGGACUUUGAAUGUGCGAAGCUUUUAAGACGUCGGGGAAGUUUUGGAUUGCUUUGCCCCCUGGUUUUUAAACGAAGCCCUUUCGUCCCUUCCCCGCCAAGCAGGGAGCCGCAGGUGAAGGGAGAUCUUUGUAAGGGGCACACUUUUUUAAAAGUAUUUCUUAAGCAAACGGACCAAACCCAGCCUGCUCCGGUCCCUUCCCCUGCCCUCCGUCCUGCUGCGGGCAUGUGCAAAACCCUUCCCGUUUUUAUAGCUCGGCUCCCUUUUGAUAUCUCACCUGUAUCGUAGCCGCAGUCGACACCGGUGCUCCCAGCGGCUUGAAACCAAGAUCCCUACGAAAUGGGACAGACUUCUGCCUCCACAAAAGUACGGGGUGUUUUCAGUCCGGUUUUAAACAAAAUAAUAAGCUGAAAGGAGGGAUUGUUCUGCUGCCAUUCUCCCGCGGUGACGCCUGGCCCACGCCGGCUGCAGACGCUUCUCUAGAGAUCUCAGAGCAGAUGUUGGACUGAUCUUUAUUUUCACGAAAUGCUUUUUUUAAAGAAAUGAAGUGACUCUUCCCCGUGUUCCUGAUGGGUCAGAAUCCUCCAUUCUUUUUUAUAUAUAUAAAAAAAAAGUAAUUUAAAGCUUGCCCUUGUGGUAGUGCAAGGGGUUUCUAUACUAAUUAGCAAUGAUUGCUAAGGAAAAGAAGAAUGUAGUGGUGUAGAAAGGGAUUUUUUUUAGUUGAUGUUUCAGAGCCAAUUCUCUUCCCACCUUCCACUUCAACCUUUUCAAGUGGAUGCAACGCAAGCUGAUUUUUUUUAAGAAAAAGCAUAUUUUUUUUUUUAAUUUUUUUUUUUUUUUUUUUUUUUU